GAUGGCGGCGGCUGUGGUUUGAAUUCCAGCGGCGCCGCCAGAGUCAGAACAAGAGCUGGGUUGGAGGGGGCGGGGACCUGGGGCGCCUGGCGGAAGGCUGGGAAUCAGGGGCGCUGUCGCCACCUCUGUGGCCAUGAUGGGCUCGGUGCUGGAAGAGGACGUCACCCUUCCAACGCUCAGCGGCUGCAGUGGCCUUGUUCCAAAUUUACCAGAGGACCUGGAUGGCAUCAGCCCCAAUGCUGUUUUGGGAAAUGGUGUGCUCCCAAAUGUGUCAGAAGAAGCAGUGUCUCCCACCAGAGCACGGAACAUGAAGGACUUUGAAAAUCAAAUCACUGAAUUGAAGAAAGAAAACUUUAACCUAAAGCUCCGCAUCUAUUUCCUUGAGGAAAGAAUGCAACAGGAAUUUGAUGGCCCCACUGAACACAUCUACAAAACUAACAUUGAACUCAAGGUGGAAGUUGAAAGUCUGAAGCGGGAGCUCCAAGAGAGAGAGCGGCUGCUCAUCAAAGCCUCCAGAGCAGUGGAGAGCUUAGCUGAAGGGGGUGACUCUGAAAUUCAGCGGGUAAAAGAAGAUGCUCGAAAGAAGGUGCAGCAGGUGGAAGAUCUCCUAACCAAAAGGAUACUCCUUCUAGAAGAGGAUGUGAAAGCCGCCCAAGCAGAACUGGAAAAGGCCUGUGCAGGGACAGAAACGGAGAAGGCUCUUCGGUUGAGCUUGGAAAGCAAGCUUUCAGAGAUGAAGAAGAUACAGGAGAGGGACUUGAAGACGGUCCUGGUCCUAGAAGAGAAAGACAGACUGAUUGAGGAGUUGAAGCUGUCUUUGAAGAGCAAAGAUGCUUUAAUUCAGUGCCUUAAAGAGGAGAAAUCUCAGAUGGCAUCUUCUGACGAGAAUGUGUUGUCUGGAGAGCUCCAAGGACUCUCUGCUGCUCUGAGGGAAGAAAAGGAGAGAGAAACUGAGGCUGCACAAAUGGAGUACCAGGAGAGAAAUCACUUUGAAGAGAGGAUCCAGGCACUUCAGGAGGACCUAAGAGAGAAGGAAAGAGAAAUUGCUGCAGAGAAGAAAAAUAGUUUAAAGAGGGAUAAAGCCAUUCAGGGUUUAACCAUGGCAUUAAAAUCAAAGGAAAAAGAGGUUGAAGAACUUAACUCUGAAAUCAAAGUGCUCAGUGCUGCCUUUGCUAAAGCCAGAGAGGCCCCACAGAUAGCACAGACCCAGAAAUUCCAGAGGUCUGAAGACUAUGAGGCUGCUCUGUCAGAAAAGGAAGCCCUUUUGGCUGAGCUGCACUCAGAAAACCUCACCAAGAGUUCAGAGAACCACAGACUGCACAGGAACAUUAAGAAGGUCACCCAGGAGCUGAGUGACUUGAAGCAGGAGAGGGAGAGACUAGAGAAGGACCUGGAGGAAGCUCAUCGAGAGAAGAGGAAAGGAGACUGCACCAUUCAUGACCUUAGAAAUGAAGUUGAAAAAUUACGCAACGAAGUGAAUGAAAGAGAGAAAGCAAUAGAGAAUCGUUACCAGAGUCUUCUGGGUGAAAGCAAUAAAAAAUUGCACAGUCAAGAGCAAGUGACCAAACGUCCAACAGAAAGUGCCAAUCAAGAGGACUUGUUGCUUCAGAAAUUCAGUGAACAAGAGUUGGAAACAUUACAGCAGAACAGUUAUUUAACGACUGUGGAGGAUGUCAAGUUCAGUAGCGAAGGCUUAAUAACAGAAAAGUGCUCUUCUCAACAGUCACCAGGCAGCAAAAUCAUCUUCUCUGGGGAAAAGCAACAAUCAGACUAUGAAAAGCUGAUUCACGUCUUAAAGAAAGAGCAGGACAUUUAUGCCCAUCUGGUAAAAUCUCUGCAGGACUCAGACAGUGUCAACAGCCUUCAGGGUGAGUUAAACAACAUUUUUGCCCUGCGGAAGCAACUGGAGCAGGAUGUGCUCUCGUAUCGGAAUUUGCAAAAGACUCUGGAGGAGCAGAUCAGCGAAAUUCGGAGACGGGAAGAAGAACCAUUUUCAUUUUAUAGUGAUCAAACAUCUUAUCUAAGUAUUUGCCUUGAAGAACACAAUCGGUUCCAGGUGGAGCAUUUUUCUCAAGAAGAACUUAAGAAAAAGGUUAGUGACCUUAUACAGAUAGUGAAGGAACUAUAUGCAGACAACCAGCACCUGAAGAAAACCAUUUUUGAUCUUUCCUGCAUGGGUUUCCAGGGAGAUGGCAGACUUGAGUCAACAGAACAAACAGAGCUUCUGGCUAGCAAGCAGGACGAGGACACAAUCAGAAUUGGAGAGGAUGAUGAGAAUAACUUCCUGAGUGACCAGCAUUUGGAGCAGAGGAAUGAGAUUAUGGAGGACUGUUCCAAAGAGGGCUGCAAAAACGGAUAUUUAAGGCAUACAGAUUCCAAUAUUUUGGACUGCGAUGGGGCCCGCAAACCUGGCUGCUCUGGAGUCCAGAAAGGCGAGCUUGUGAACCUACUAGCCCCCUUCUUCAAUGAGAAGGCCGCGUUGUUACUGGAAUCCAGGCCAGACCUUCUGAAAGGGCUACAUGAACUGCUCUUGGAACGGAUAUGCUUGACUGAGCAGGAAGUUUCAGGAGAACACCUUGAUGGUAAAACUGAGAAGACACUUAAGCCAGUGCCCAUUCAGCUAAGAGGUGAGCUUGGAAAUAUCAUCCAAGCCAACUCAUUUUCCAAGCCAUGUGAUGAACCAAAGUCAUCUUGGGCAGCCCAGCUAGCAAAGGCGGAUGAAGUGUCUAAGGUGGAGCUGAAAGAUGCCUCAGUGCAGACUGUGGCCAUGGAGGGUGACCUGCUCAGGUUCACACGUGAAGAAAAGAGAGAGGCUUGGGAAGAGAAACCAGCGAACUCCAUAUUCAGUGCUGAGCAUCAGCCAGAGAACUUGUGCAGGAUGCCAGGGCAGCAGGACAUUUCCCUUUCCUUCCCCAGCAGGACCAACAAGGACAUUAAAAAGUCCCGCUUGCCGAUCCUAAUAAAACCAUCCCGGUCAUUAGGAAGUAUGUAUCACCUCCCUGUCACCCAGGAGGUGGUAGCCCAGCUGCAAGGCCAGAUCUUGAAGCUGCAGGGAGACCUGAAGGAGUUUAAAACUCAUAAUAAGCACCUUCACGAAAAGUUAAUUCUGACUGAAGCAAUGAUGGAGGGGAGGCCAGUGCCCGACAAAAUGCUACUGAAUGCUCAGCCUCUUGUGGGAGCAACCUACCAGGACAGCCCAGGAGACGAAAAAGGAAUUAAAACCACACCCUCUGUCUGGAGAGACAAGGAAAUGGACAGUGAUCAGCAAACAAUCUACGAGAAUGGUCAGAAUCCAACCCCUACAGACUCUGAAAUUUACUUGCCUGAUGACCUUGCCAUCUUGCCAACAUGCGGAGAGAAUCCUGAAGAUAUUCUGGGCCCAACUUCAGUGGGUACUUACUUGAGUUCUAAGAAUCAACCUUCUCUUAAGGUCUGUGUGAUUGGGACUGAUCAGUCUGAGGACAUCGAUAUGUCACAUGACACAGAUGACCUAAAACAGAAAAUCCGUGGUUUGGAAACUGAGCUGGAGGGCUACCGGAAUUUCAUAGUUCAGCUUCAGAAGCACUCCCAGUGCAGUGAGGCCAUUAUCACAGUUUUGUGCGGGAUGGAAGGGGCCCAGGACGGCUUGAACAAGCCCAAGGGCAGUACUGAUGAAGAAGGAAUGACCUUUUCAAGUUUGCACCAAGUACGAUAUGUGAAACACAUGAAAAUCCUCCAUCCUCUAGCCCCAGAGAUGAUUGAUGGCAGGAUGCUAGAGAGCCCCAAGCAGCAGCUGGUGGACCAGGAAUAUGAGCUGCAGAAAGAGCAGAAUUUGAACAUGGAACUUUUCAGUGAAAUCUAUAACCUGCAGAAUAAGUUCAGAGAUAUCUCACCCUCAAGAUACGAUUCAUUAGUUCAGUCCCAGGCCAGGGAGCUCUCCCUUCAACGGCAGCAGAUUAAGGAUAGCCAUGACAUCUGUGUCAUUUAUCGUCAACACAUGAACACCAUGAUUAAGGCAUUUGAGGAGCUGCUGCAGGCCAGUGAUGUGGAUUACUGUGUGGCGGAGGGUUUCCAGGAGCAGCUGAAUCAAUGUGCGGAACUGCUGGAGAAAUUGGAAAAGCUGCUUCUCAACGGAAAAUCAGUUGGAAUGGAAAUGAGCACCGAGAACGAACAGAUAGAGAGGAGUGAGGAAGACAACUUAACCUACCAGCGUAUUCUACCUGAAUCUCGUGAGCCUUCUCAUGCAUUGUCUGAUUAUGAAAUGUCUGAAAAGUCUUUCUUCUCACAAGACCAGAAGCAAGACAGUGAGACUGAGAAGACUUCAGUUAUGGCAAAUAAUUUUUCUCAAGACUUACUAAUGGAACAUAUACAGGAAAUUCGAACUUUGAGAAAACGUUUAGAAGAGUCUAUUAAAACAAAUGAGAAGCUACGUAAACAGCUGGAACGGCAAGGGUCUGAAUUUGAUCAAGGUUCUACAAACAUUUUUGCUUAUGGUUCAGAGCUACAUAACUCUCUGACAUCAGAAAUUCAUUUCCUGAGGAAGCAGAACCAGGCCCUCAAUACGAUGCUCGUUAAAGGAUCCAGAGAUAAACAGAAGGAGAAUGAAAAAUUACGAGAGUCUCUCUCCAGGAAGACUGCGAACAUUGAGCACCUUCAGCAAGAGUAUGCCAGUGUGAAGGGAGAGAAUGAAAGGCUGCAGAGGGUGGUCAGUGAGAAGGAGAGACACAACCAGCAGCUGGUCCAGGAGGUCUGCAACAGCCGCAACGAGCUGAGCAGGAUGCAGGAGGAGGUGAAGUUGAGGCAGCAGAUGCUCUCACAGAAUGACGAGCUACUCCAGUCCCUCCGAGUGGAGCUGAAGGUGUAUGAGAAGCUGGAUGAAGAGCACAGGAGACCGAGAGAGGCCAGAGCAGAGGUGUCAGGAGAAGGCUGGAAGGGGCAGGAUCCUUUCAGUGACCUGCGAGGCCUCCUGACAGAGAUCCAGGCCCUGCGGGCACAACUGGAAAGGAGCAUCGAAACCAACAGCACCCUGCAGAGCAAGCUCGAGGAGCAGCUGGCAAAGGGGGCAAAGAAGGCACAGGAAGGAGCCUCCACCCUGCUUUCUCAAUCCCUGUCCAUCCCUGAGCGGCCCCUUCAGCUAGAAAAUCAUGAUGGUGACAAAUGUCCUGUGGCAAUUGAUAAUUCAUUUGAUCUGUUUGAUUCCAUCCAGGCAGUGACACUGACACCAAAAUCGGAGACUCCUCCACUCUCUGGGAAUGACAUGGACUCCCUCUCCUGCGACAGUGGAAGCUCGGCAACCAGCACCCCAGGCAUGCCCCUCCUGGUCACUGGCCACCGCCUGUGGGCCAGCAAGAGUGGCCGUCACAUCCUGGGCCUGAUUGAGGACUAUGAUGCCCUGUGCAAGCAGAUUAGCCAGGGCCAGAGGCUCCUUGCUGAAAUGGACAUUCAAACCCAAGAGGCUCCCAGCCCCACAGGUCAAGAGCUGGGAACAAAGGGUUCAUACUUGGCACCUCUGAGCAAGUUUGUCACCAGCGUGAGCACAGCCAAGCUGAUCCUGGAAGAGGCCUCGAGGCUGCUAAAGCUUCUCUGGAGAGUCUCCCUCCCCACAGAUGGCCAGGGUACCCUUCAUUGUGAACAGGUAGGUGAUGACACAUGAUUCCAGGCUCAAGGAUGCUACUGGGUCCUGUGUCUGAG